AAGAAGACGUGCAGACCGUUUGUGUUUUUAUUUUUUUCAAUUUCCUUUUGUAGACCCUCUCUCUCUCGAUCACCUCCAUGGAGGACAAUUCUCUGGGUGUGAGAAAAGGUGCGUGGACUGAAGAGGAAGACAUGCUUCUGAGGCAGUGCGUUGAGAAGUUUGGAGAGGGAAAGUGGUAUCAAAUUCCUCUCAGAGCAGGGUUAAAUAGAUGCCGGAAAAGCUGUAGACUGCGGUGGUUGAACUACCUGAGGCCGAAUAUCAAGAGAGGAGGCUUCACGGCAGAUGAAGUUGAUAUGAUGCUCAGGCUCCAUAAGCUCUUAGAUGGUCACUGAUUGCUGGUAGGCUUCCAGGAAGAACGGC